AGAGCCAUUCCUAUCUUGGAAUGGGUCACGGGACGAUUCAGUAUCUAUGUUCUGUGAAGUACAACAUUGUUAAAACUAAAAAGGCGGAGAAACAGAGCCAACAUGUGUAUUAUGACGUUUACUGUUCCGUUACAUCUUGAUAAAGUUCAGACGGAGGGGGCAAUCAGCCUGAUGGAAACUGUGAUCGUGAUGAGUUCCUUCCCAAAUGUGCAACUUCUGAUUGGCUGUUAUCAUAGCUAUCCUAAUGCGUCUUUUCACCGGCACAAUCUUGUUCACAGAUCCAAUAUGGCCAAUAGUGAUCAUCUGAUGCUAGUUGAAUAAGAAGAUGAUUAUACUGCAGUAGAAAUGCUAAAAGCAUGAGCCAAGGAUCUAGCCAUGGUAUGUUUUACUGGUCCGCCAUAUCCCCUCUGCUGCAGACGACUCUUCCACAAUUCAAGACAUGCUUUUCAUGCACCUGCUGCAUUGCCUAUCCUUCCAUCAGAUAACCCUCUACCCUUCAAUCCUCAGGACCCAAGCCACCACCAUGUCAUAUCACCUGCUCAGUUAUCACAGAAUCAGAUCCAACUUUCACUUGCUUCGUCUUGUAUUUCUUCUUUAAAUUUGGAAAAUUAUGAAUUACUCGUCCAUCAUUACAAAAAUUCUAGUUGCUUGAAAGAUGCCCAUCAACUUCAUUUGCAGAUCUACAAAACUGGGUUCUCCAAUGACGUUUUCUUGUCCAACACCCUUAUUAACAUUUAUGUUAGAAUUGGUAAAAUGGUUUCUGCACAGAAGCUGUUUAAUGAAAUGCCACAAAAGAACCAUGUUUCUUGGGCUUGCUUGAUUUCAGGCUAUACUCAAAAUGGCAAACCUAAUGAGGCAUGUAGACUAUUCAAAGGCAUGAUUUGUGCAAACUACUUUCCAAACCACUAUGCCAUUGGUAGUGUUCUUCGAGCUUGCCAAAAGUGUGGUCCAACUAGACUUUUACUUGGAAUGCAGAUUCACGGGUUAAUUUCCAAGUCACAAUAUGCAUCAGACAUGUUUCUGUCUAAUACGCUGAUGUCCAUGUAUGCAAAUUGUUUGGGUCCAAUAGAUGAUGCUCGUCAUGUUUUUGAUGAAAUACAAAUAAAAAAUUCUGUAGCAUGGAAUUCUAUCAUUUCAGUUUAUUGUUAUAGGGGGGAUGCAGUUUCCGUCUUUGAACUCUUUUCAAGCAUGCAGAGGGAAUCUAUUACCUUGAGGCCUAAUGAAUAUACUUUUGGUAGCUUAGUAACAGCUGCAUACUCUCUGGUUGACUGUGGAUUGAGUUUGCUUGCACAGAUACUAGCCAGGAUUGAGAAAUCUGGAUUCUUACAAGAUUUGUAUGUUGGUAGUGCACUGGUUAGUGGGUUUGCAAGGUUAGGGAUAAUAGGUUAUGCAAAAAUGAUUUUUAAGCAGAUGUUUGAGAGAAAUGCAGUGUCCAUGAAUGGGUUGAUGGUUGGAUUGGUGAAGCAAAACCAGGGUGAAGAAGCAGCUGAGGUAUUCAGGGAGAUGAAAGAUUUAGUUGAAAUAAACGUUGAUUCUUAUGCGGUUCUUUUAAGUGCUUUUCCUGAAUUUUCUAAUUUGAAGGAAGGGAAGAUAAAGGGUAAAGAGCUUCAUGCUCACCUGACACGAAGUGCCUUAGUUGAUGUCAGUGUUUCAAUUGGAAAUGCACUUGUUAAUAUGUAUGCAAAAUGCGGUGCUAUUGAUUAUGCUUGCUCUGUUUUCCAUUUUAUAGCUGAUAAAGAUGCUGUUUCAUGGAAUUCUAUUAUCUCUGGCCUAGACCAAAAUGAGCGAUUUGAAGAAGCAGUUGCCAGUUUCUGUGCAAUGAGAAGAAGUGGAAUGGUGCCCUCAAAUUUCUCAGUUAUUAGUACUUUGAGCUCAUGCGCAAGCUUGGGAUGGAUCACAUUAGGACAGCAAAUACAUGGUGAAGGGUUCAAAUGGGGGCUUGAUUUGGAUGUUUCAGUUUCAAAUGCACUUCUUGCAUUAUAUGGUGAAACCGGUAAUCUCAAGGUCUGUCAGAAAAUUUUCUUUCUCAUGCCAGAGUAUGAUCAAGUAUCUUGGAAUUCCUUGAUUGGAGCACUCACAACCUCAGAGACAACAGUUUUACAAGCCAUAAAAUGUUUUCAGGAGAUGAUGCAAACUGGGUGGAGGCUUAAUAAAGUGACAUUUAUAAGUGUUUUAGCAGCAGUUUCUUCUCUUUCACUCCAGGAACUGAGCCAUCAGAUUCAUGCCUUGAUCUUAAAAUACUCUGUCGAUAAUGACAAUGCCAUUGAGAAUGCUCUUCUAGCUUGCUAUGGAAAGUGUGGUCAGAUGGAUGACUGUGAGAAGAUCUUUUGUAGAAUGUCUGAUAGAAGAGAUGAUGUCAGCUGGAAUUCCAUGAUUUCUGGAUAUAUGCACAAUGACAUCCUGGACAAGGCCAUGGAUUUGGUAUGGUUUAUGAUGCAAAGGGGCCAGAGAUUGGAUGGCUUCACUCUUGCUACUGUUCUUAGUGCUUGCGCCUCAGUUGCAACCUUAGAGCGGGGUAUGGAAGUUCAUGCAUGUGCCAUAAGAGCUUGUUUAGAAUUUGACAUUGUUGUUGGUAGUGCACUAGUUGACAUGUAUGCCAAAUGCGGAAAGAUAGAUUAUGCUUCAAGAUUCUUUGAAUUGAUGCCUUUGAGGAACAUAUAUACUUGGAAUUCAAUGAUAUCAGGCUAUGCACGCCAUGGACUUGGAGAAAAAGCUUUGAAGCUUUUCUCACAAAUGAAAGAGCAUGACCAAUCACCUGAUCACGUUACCUUUGUUGGGGUCUUAUCAGCUUGUAGUCAUGUAGGUUUAGUUGAUCAAGGGUUUGAGCACUUCAAAUCAAUGAGUGAAGUAUAUGGACUAACUCCUCGAAUUGAGCAUUUCUCUUGUAUGGUUGAUCUCCUUGGACGAGCUGGUGAUAUUAGUAAGAUAGAAAACUUGAUCAACACCAUGCCAAUGGAUCCUAAUGUCCUAAUUUGGAGAACGGUUUUAGGGGCAUGCUGCCGAAAUCAUGGCCGUAAUACUGAGCUAGGUCAGAGAGCUGCCAAGAUGCUUAUGGAGAUGGAGCCACAGAGUGCUGUAAACUAUGUGCUUCUUUCUAACAUGCAUGCUGCCGGUGGGAAGUGGGAAGCUGUGGCUGAUGCUAGGAUGGCAAUGAGAAAGGCAUCAGUGAAGAAAGAAGCAGGGUGUAGUUGGGUCACCAUGAAUGAUGGCGUUCAUGUAUUUGUGGCUGGAGAUCAAAAGCACCCAGAGAAAGAAACAAUUUAUGAAAAACUCAAGGAACUAACGAGAAAAAUAAGGGAUGCUGGUUAUGUUCCUGAAACAAAAUAUGCACUUUUUGAUCUUGAUCCUGAGAGCAAAGAAGAAAUCUUGAGCUAUCAUAGUGAAAAGUUAGCAGUUGCUUUUGUUCUUACCCGGAAAUCUGAUCUACCAAUUAGGAUUAUGAAAAAUCUUCGUGUUUGUGGUGACUGUCACACUGCUUUCAAGUACAUAUCAAAGAUUGUUAAUCGACAGAUAAUUUUACGAGAUUCAAACAGAUUUCACCAUUUUGGUGGUGGCAAUUGUUCUUGUGGGGAUUAUUGGUGAAUGAUUCUAUAUUUAUUGUGGAGACUUCCAUGUUACAAAUAUGGAAAUAUUGCCUAAGGCUCUUCUUUUACAUGGCACUGGGGGGAACUAGGUUAGCAUGAUCACAUCUAUUACUAGGUGAUGUUAAUUUGCAUUUACUGGCUGGCUGCUAGAAAAAGAGAGAUUAGGUAGAUGGAGAAAGUGAGACUUGAGACAGUCAUUUAGUAAUGUAAUGGGUAAACAUGUAGGAUAGUGCCUAUGCUGUAUGUUAAUUUGACAUGGUCUUGCAAUGCGGUUUGAAUUGAACUUCAUGUCUUUAAGCUGUUGUGCAAAUGUGCAAGAGCUUGGAAAUACUGCUGAUCUUUCUGAUACGAUAUUCAAGAACAAUUUUUCAUUCACCUAGUAUUGCAGUUUGCUCUGUUUUGGCAUAGCAUCAAUAUUUCCCUCCUUUGAAAUUAUACACCAAUUAUAAGACAGCUAGCGAUUGUAGAUUUACUAUUUUAGAUGAAUAAGAUGCUAGAGUAUUUUCUCUAAUUCGAUUAGUGCGUGACUACUUUCUGUGACAUUUUGAUUUGUGUCCUUUGGUGUUGGUUGUUAUAGCUGUUGAAUUGUGGAUUUUUUUUUUCAUUGUUGAUGUGAUUACAUUGCAAAAUUUUGUUUUGAAAAAUAUUUGCAUUAUCUAGAGGGCUAACAAGAACAAGAUGAAGGAUAUGAUAAAUUUAUCAUGUCACCCCCUUUAUGAAAAAAAGUUGAAAUAUUGGUUCUUAUUGCUUAAGUAGCAUAACAUAGGCAAUUGCAUUUAUUUGUUGAUGGGGUUUUUUAUUGCAAAAUAUCCCCACCUGUCCAAUCUUGUUCCUUGUCAGAUUGAUGAUCUGUGAAAUAGAUAUAUUUGUUUCAUAAAUCAUCUGUGAUGUUUUUAGCCAGUAUGAGUUUGCAACUACGCACAUUCAGCAUUUGGUUUAGCAACAUAAUACAUCGAGUGUAGCUUGCAUGUUCAAUAGUGAAAGAAGUGGAUAAUUAUUUUAUCUACUUUUUCUAGUGUUAAACAUGCAAAGGUUAGCUUGAUUACUAGUUUCAGUAAUAUUCUAACAAACAAUUUAUGCAUAAGAUGACCAUGAUCUACUGU